CGUUUCCUGCAUCAAAUCUACCUACAGUCUAGUUGCUAUUAAGUGCAACACCUUGAGAAGUUUCGCAUUGAUAUACUAGCUCCGAUUGUCUUUCUCGUCCAAUUGUCUCGCGCGCAGUGAUAUCGCUGCUGCGAACAACAUCAUUCCGUGUCCUUCGCUCACUGCCUCGAACUCUGCGCCUCAGUCAAAUUGAUCUUCAUGUCCUGAACCCAUCCCGUCGACCGCAUUUGAUACCACUGGAUGAACAGCACCAUGGCCACGUCGGGCUCCGGGUCCCCCAACAGCAUAUCGAGUCCCUCGUCGCAAAAAGGCUACAAGUGCACGUUACCUCCGGAAAGGGUUUUUUCCAUUCAGAUCGGCACCGAGCUCUUCCGUCUCUCGGGAGCGUCGAUUGCCUCCGAUGCCCCGUCAUAUUUCUCCCAAUUCUUCGAAGAGCAGCUGCGACACAACGGGGAUGGCGCGAAUAUUCGAACGCUGUAUAUCGAUCGAGACCCGGUGACGUUUAAGGAUAUCGUGCGACAUUUACAGGGAUACUAUGUGCGGCCUAGAGACAGUUCGCAGUUUGUGAAGCUAUUUGCGGAUGCCCAGUUCUACAGUCUCCCCCGCCUCAACUCCCAACUCUUCGAAUCCGAAAUCAGCAUCCAGAUCGGCGACCGCAAUUUCCAAAUCCCCCGCGACAUCUUCUCCAGCCCAGGCGACUCCCCGAACUUCUUCACCCUCGGCUUCGGUGCCUUCUUCGCCUCCCCGUCGCAGACCUUCCCCGGCCUCGAGCGCAUCGGCCUCCUGCGUCCCCCGGCCAUCGUGCCCCCCAGCAUCCCCAACCGAUCCGGCGACGUCUUCGCAGACAUCCUCCACCUCCUGCGCGGCUACCCCCUACACAUCCGCAACGAAACCCACCGCGCCGAACUCCUCCGCGACUGCCGCUACUUCCACCUGCGCGGCCUCGAGCAGAAACUCAUCCCCCACGACAUCAGCUUCAACCCCGUGCGCCAGCGCUCCGAGAUCACCAUCCGGCUCGAAGACGUGCGCCGCUCCGGCAUCAACUUCGCGCCUGAUCCCACCCCGAACCCUAACCCCAACACCACCACUAACAACCCCUCCCCCCCGGGCUGGAUCACCUACUCCCGCCCCUUCAUCGACGACCAACCCAUCGACCUGAUCGUCGAAAUCGGCGACGAAUGCACCCUCGUCGAUCUCUCCCGCAUGCGCGCCCAAUUCCUACACCUCACCAAAACCCGCUUCGCCUCCCUCGUCCAAGUCAUUUCCAACAAAAUCACCUCUUCCCAAGCCCCGUCCUCGAACUCAACCACCUCUACCCCACCCGCGACAAACCCUCCCACGGCGGAAACCUCCCCCCUCCGAAUCGACCGCGACGCCGACCUCAUUCUCGACGGCCAGCCCGUGUCGCACGCCGAUAUCUUCGGGUCUCCGGACCCGAGCCCUGACUCUGCGGAGCAGCUGCAGCCGCCUGCGAAGCGGCGGAGAGGGGACGGAUCGUCUGGGCUUUCUGGGAAAUGGAUCGUAAGGACGGGGCAGUGGCGGUUGCGUGCGGUGCCGGCUGCGAGCGGCGCGGGGGAUGUGGAUGUUGUGAUGGUGGCGGUGAAGUUGGAUGCGUAUAGUGAGCCGAGAAUGCGGAGUCGGGGGAGGGGGUUUUUGGGAUCUUAAUUAUCCCGUUCUGGUUAGGUGGGGGUGUAGGAUGGUUGGAGUUAGAGUUGAGGUUGAGGUUGAAGAUGUAGUUUGUAUUAGAUGCGGUGGAAUAUUA